AUGGUUGUAUGCAUAAUAUGUGGUUCUUUUACUACGACUUUGGUGAUUCUCGAAUACGUUGAGGGACCAACAGCCACGUCAACAACAAUACGAUUAGUGGAGAGCUUAGAGUUGCCAGCGAUCACCAUUUGUCCAAAAGUGCCGGACGCAUUCAAUGCAACUGGACUUCUUGGUGAUAUACGGGUUACAUUUCCAGAUAUCGAUAAUGCUACUGCUCUAGAUUUAGUACGGUUUUUCGUUGGUGGCAAUGGUUUGGAGAAUAUGGAUGACCUAUCCUACUUCAAUCGAACUUACAUGAGUCAUUUGAAUCAGCUUUAUAAGAUUUGGUCCGAC